CUCCCGCGGCAAGUGUUAUUUUUGUUCAAUGGUUUUUUGGCUAUUUGCUAAAUAUAAAUUCAAUUAUUUGAUAAUUUCUAAGAAAAAAUAAAGAGAAUAAAUCAUCGGAAUAAAUGGUCUUCUCUCGUCCGUCUCCAUCUCUCAGCUCUGUGCAGUCUGCACACACCCACAUAUAUUCAGAUAUAUACAUACACACACAUACCAUUUUCUCUGUCACUUUUUCGAUUAAAUAAAAAAACAAAUAUAAAAAGUUUCUGUGGAUUGAUAAUUGAAACAUGAAACAAUCGUCAUAGAAGCAGAGAUUCACCUUCCCCCUUUCUUUAUCUUUCCCUCUCAGAAACAGGAAAUUCGAAAGAAAAAAAAAAGAGUCACUGAAACGAUGGCGUUUCACCAUAACCAUCUCUCUCAGGACCUCUCCUUCAAUCAUUUCACCGACCAACACCAACCUCCUCCUCCGCCGCCUCCGCCUCCUCAACAGCAACAGCAGCAGCAACAUUUCCAGGAAGCGCCGCCUCCUAAUUGGCUCAACACGGCGCUUCUUCGCUCCGACAACAACUUCCUCAACCUCCACACAGCCACCGCCAACACUACCGCCGCAAGCAGCUCCGAUUCUCCUUCCUCCGCCGCUGCCGCCGCAGCCGCCGCUAAUCAGUGGCUCUCCCGCUCCUCAUCUUCCUUCCUCCAACGAACCGGAAGUAACAACAACGCCGCAGCCGCCUCCGGUGCUGCCGUUGUCGGAGACGUCAUCGACGAUGUCACCGGAGGAGCGGAGACGAUGAUCGGCGGGGAGAUGAAGAGCGGGGAGAACAAGAACGACGGAGGAGGAGCGGUGGUCGAGGGCGUUGUGAGCUGGCAGAAUGCGAGGCACAAGGCGGAGAUCCUCUCCCAUCCGCUCUACGAGCAGCUUCUGUCGGCGCACGUCGCGUGUCUAAGAAUCGCGACGCCGGUCGACCAAUUGCCGAGGAUCGACGCCCAGCUUGCGCAGUCACAGCACGUCGUCGCUAAAUACUCCGCCUUAGGCGCCGGUCAAGGACUCGUCGGCGACGACAAAGAGCUUGACCAGUUCAUGACGCAUUAUGUGCUGCUUCUGUGCUCAUUCAAAGAGCAAUUGCAACAACACGUGCGUGUUCAUGCAAUGGAAGCUGUGAUGGCUUGCUGGGAGAUUGAGCAGUCUCUUCAAAGCUUAACAGGAGUGUCUCCCGGUGAAGGCAUGGGAGCAACAAUGUCGGAUGAUGAAGAUGAACAAGUAGAGAGCGAUGCUAAUAUGUUCGAUGGAGGCUUAGAUGUGUUGGGGUUUGGUCCUCUGAUUCCUACUGAGAGCGAGAGAUCAUUGAUGGAACGAGUUAGACAAGAACUCAAACAUGAACUCAAACAGGGUUACAAGGAGAAAAUAGUAGACAUAAGAGAGGAGAUACUGAGGAAGAGAAGAGCUGGGAAGUUACCAGGAGACACCACCUCUGUUCUCAAAGCAUGGUGGCAAUCUCAUUCGAAAUGGCCUUACCCUACUGAGGAGGAUAAGGCGAGGCUGGUGCAGGAGACGGGUUUGCAGCUAAAGCAGAUAAACAAUUGGUUCAUCAAUCAGAGAAAGAGGAACUGGCACAGCAAUCCAUCUUCUUCCACGGUCUUGAAGAACAAACGCAAAAGCAAUGCAGGUGACAAUAGCGGAAGAGAACGUUUCACGUAGAAAGACGAACAAGUUAUAUAUCAAAGUGUUUCGGGAGCUGGAUUGGAUGGGAUUCAAAAGCAGGGUUUAGAGGUUUUGAAGAAGAAGAAGAAGUUGGCGGCUAUACAGAGAGUGGACAGUAUUAGAAAGUAACUUUUUGUGCGUAGCAAGUAGUUUGGUUAAGUGAUAUGCCAUAUAUUUAUUAGUAAGUACACAAACCAAAACCAAAAAGAUGAAAAAAGAAGAAGAUUCAGGCUUUUGUUUAUUGUUUCUUUUAAUGGGAUUGCUUGUCUGCAUGAGUUUUAUUAUUAACCAUCAGAUAAUCAUAUCAUCGUAAUGUCUUGUGAAUAAAAUAGUGGGCGUGUAACGCGUGAGAGCAUUUGGUGGAUGCAAAGUUUUUACUUUU